AAAGACGAAGUCACUCCCAGAGUUCGUACGAAGCCGAAAAAUUCGAGAUCCAAAGCCGAAAAAUUCGUGUUGCAUGAGCGCAAAUGUAAAGAAAUGAGAAUUAGUUUUACGAAAUCGGAAAAGGACUUUCCACCAGUUACGAUAAAUAACGCUCCCGUCGAAGUUGUCCCACAUGUCAAAAUUCUGGGCUUGAAUGUAUCCGACAACUUAAAAUGGAAUUAUUAUGUUAGCGAACUCGUUAAAAAAUCUUCAAAAAGAUUGUACUUCCUAACUCAGUUAAAGCGCGCCAAAGUGGGUUGUUUGGAAUUG